AUGGACAAACUGCCUGCACUGGACACCCUGGUGGCCAACACAGCCUACCUGAAGGCGCAGCAGGUAGAUUUAAAUGAGCUGAGAAAGCAGAGGCUCACGCUGACACUGCCCAAUCCAAAGAAGUCCUCUUCUCUGCAGGCCGAUGUAGGGAAGAAUUUCGAGUCACUGUGUGAGCAACAGCCUAUUGGAAGGAAAUUGUUCCAGCAGUUUCUCCUGUCCUCUAACCCGCAGUAUGUGGCUGCCACUGAGUUCCUUGAGGAGCUGAAUAACUGGAGCUUUGCUGAAGAUGAAAUCAGAGAGACUUCCAAACAAACAAUCCUCACUAAGUUCUGUCAACCUGAGGCCAGGAGUUUUCUCUCCUACCUUACAGGAGAGGAUGCUGAGAAAUGCAAGGAUUUAUCAGACAAGAACUUUGAUGACGUGACGAUGGGCCAGAUAAGAGAAGCCACAAGGAAUUUCCUGAAGGGAAAACCUUUCUCUGAGUACCUGAAAAGCCCCUUCUUCUAUAGGUUCUUGCAGUUUAAGGAGUAUGAGAAGCAGAAGAUUGAUGACAAAUACUUUUAUGAGUUUAGGACUUUGGGAAGAGGUGGCUUUGGUGAGGUAUGUGCGGUGCAGGUGAAACACACAGGUCAAAUGUAUGCCUGCAAGAAGCUGAACAAGGCUCGUCUGAAGAAGAAAGGUGGCGAGAGGCUGGCCCUCCUGGAGAAGCAGGUCCUGGAAAAGGUCAACAGCCUUUUCAUUGUGAACCUGGCUUACGCUUUCGCCAACAGAACCCACCUGUGCCUGGUCAUGGACCUCAUGAACGGAGGAGACCUCAAAUUUCAUAUCUAUGAGCUUGGUGCGCGGGGUAUCCGUAUGGAGCGUGUUGUUUACUACGCGGCCCAGAUAACCACUGGUAUCCUCCACCUGCACUCCAUGGACAUUGUGUACCGGGAUAUGAAGCCUGAGAACGUACUGCUGGAUGGAAAAGGACAGUGUCGACUAUCAGACCUCGGACUGGCCGUGGAGCUGCCGAAGGGCAAAAUGAUUUGCCAAAAGGCUGGUACGACUGGCUACAUGGCUCCUGAAAUCCUGAAGCAGGAGUAUUACCGCACGUCUGUGGACUGGUGGGCGCUGGGCUGCAGCAUCUAUGAGAUGGUCGCUGCCCGUUUGCCCUUUAAAGACUUCAGAGAAAAGGUGCACAAUGAGGAGGUGACUCGCCGUACUCUGGAGGACGACUGCAAGUUUGAACACAAUAGCUUUGAUGCUCCCACCAAAGACAUUAUCAGCCACUUUCUCAAGAGGAAGGUGGAGCUUCGGCUGGGGUGUCGUGGUGGUGACCCACGAAGCCACGCUUUUUUCAAGAGUAUCAAUUUCUAUCGUCUGGAGGCGGGGCUGGCGGAGCCCCCCUGGGUGCCAAAGCCCAACGUGGUCUACGCCAAAGACAUGGACAAAUUCAUGCACACCUCCAAGGUCCAGGACAUUGCGCUUGAUGAUAAGGAUGAGAAGUUUUUCAGGGAGUUCAGCACAGGUGCCGUCUCUAUCCAGUGGCAGAAGGAGAUGAUUGACAGCGGAUUGUUUGACCAGCUGAACGACUCCAAACUGAAUGGACAUGCGUCUGAGACUGUGUGGAAAUCCAGGAUGUGCAUCAUACUUUAA